UCAGGAUGAGUAGGAGAAAAUUCAAAUUGUGGGAGAGAACGAAUUGUCUCAGGGACUUCCAUUGUUUCUUUCCCUGCCGAAGCGUUCGUGUUACAAAGUCAAAUGAAUUGCUCUUCUAUUUCAGAAUGUUGUCAGCUAACAAUCAAAUGGGGUCCAUGGCCAAACGAUACCUUGUGGUGGGCGUGAUCAUGGCCUAUCUCAUGGUAUUAGCACAAGGUCGAACAGCUUUCGAAAAGAUGACCGAUGUGGAUUACCAAGGAGAGACCUACUAUACGAUCAGAAACUUGUCACUCUACGAAUGUCAGGGAUGGUGUCGGGAGGAGCCGGAAUGUCAGGCUGCGAGCUUUAGUUUUGCAGUGAACCCGCUGAAUCCUGGUCGUCAAGAGACCGUGUGUCUUCUACAGAACGGAACCCAAGCCAGUAAUCCGGCUGCCAAGCCUCUCCGGGCCUUGAACCAGUACUACAUGGUCAAAAUGAGCAUUCGAUCGGAUAAAGUCUGUAAGAGACCGUGGAACUUUGAACGGGUCCCCAACGCAAUGAUCCAAGGUCACGACAAGGCUUUGAUCUUUACGUCCACGAAGGAGGCUUGUUUGGCGGCAUGUUUGAACGAGAAAAACUUCAUUUGUCGGAGUGCAGAAUACAACUACGUGACCCUCCAGUGUCGACUCUCCGAUUACGACCGCAGGACCGUGAAGGAGGGCUUGCAAGCGGCUGAACUCACACCAGCUCAAGGUGUCGACUACUUUGAGAACCUCUGUCUCCAAGGCAAUACAGCUUGUGAAUCCGAGCGAUCCUAUCUAGUUCCUAAAUUCGGAGUUCCGGAUCAAAAAGUUGCACUACACGUUGGAGUUCACUACUAUGUGGACAAGGAGCUUAUGGCCAACAGCCAACAAGCGUGUGGACGAGCAUGUGCCAUUGAAUCCGAGUUUUUGUGCCGAUCCUAUUUAUAUCUAGGCCCUCCCUCUGGGACUGAUUAUAAUUGUAAGAUGUAUCACAUGGAUCAUUGGACCAUUCCUGCCGGAGCCAGUGCCUUCGUCAAUAGCAUCACUCCCAUUCUGAAUGAUGGCUCUCGAAUUGGAAGCUAUUUUGAGAACCGAUGCGGUCGAUCUGUCUCGGAUGACUUGCCCACAGCUGGCCUUGAGGAUAACUCCGAUGGAUCCAGUUCCAAUGGAUCUGAUCAGAACAGUUCCAGUUCGGAGAGUUCAAGCUCAACUGGUUCCAGUUCGAAUGCGAAUGGUUCCAGCUCAGCUGGUUCCAGUUCGAAUGCGAAUGGUUCGACCGAUACUGAUUCCAGUUCGAAUGGGUCGGGUCAAAAUGCAUCGGGUGAUGUUGGAACAGACGGGAACACUGGAACCAACAGCAACAACAACAACAACAACAACAGCAAUGGCGGUGAAGGGUCCAAUGAUCAAGGCGGAAAUAAUGCGGCUACGUCUGGACAAAACAAUAAUGGAAAUAAUGCUGGCAGUAAUAAUAAUGGUGACAGUGCCGGUAGUACUGGAGGCAACCAAGCAAAUAAUGGUGCCAACAGUAACGGGAGUGGAAAUAAUGGGAACGGAAAUGCCAGUUCCAACAAUAGCAACGGUUCAAAUAACGAAUCUUCUUCUUCUAAUUCCAAUGGUUCAGGUGGAAACACUGACAUUGACUCUGGACUCAACUCCAACGGUGGGGCUAACAAUCCUGAUGGGAGUUCAGACUCAAGCAAUUCAAACAGUAUUGGCGGAGGCAUCACCAACAACAAUAAUGGUGGUCUGAACGGACCCUUUGACGGAUCAAACAACGACAAUUCCGGUUCCAAUAACAAUCUUGGAGCUGGAAGCAACCAAGUGGAUAACCCCGAUGUAAACUGUGAUGGCCAAGGGACUUGUUACGAUGUCACUGUUCAUUGCAAAGAUACCAGAAUUGUGGUCAAUGUUGGAACUACCCGACCGUUUAGUGGUCGAAUUUACGCCUUGGGUCGAUCUGAGACUUGUAAUGUCGAUGUGAUCAACAGUAACUCUUUCCGACUUGACCUGACCAUGGCUGGACAAGAAUGUAACACUCAAUCAGUGAACGGCGUUUACACGAAUACCGUAGUGGUCCAAAGGCACAGUGUGGUCAUGACCAAGACGGACAAGAUCUACAAAGUUCGGUGUACUUACGAUACCUCCUCCAAGAAUAUCACCUUCGGUAUGAUGCCCAUUCGUGACCCCGACAUGAUCAGUAUCACUUCUGCUCCAGAGGCUCCUGCUCCUCGAAUCACGAUCUUGGACCAACGUCAGAAGGAAGUGGAAACUGUGCGCAUUGGUGACCGACUCACGUUCAAGAUUGAGAUCCCAGAUAAGACUCCCUAUGGUAUUUUCGCACGAUCCUGUGUGGCCAUGGCCAAGGAUUCCAGAUCCACCUUCCCGAUCAUUGACGACAACGGUUGUCCAGUUGAUCCAACCAUCUUUCCCCGCUUUACCCCUGAAGGCAAUGCUCUCAUUAGCAACUACGAAGCUUUCCGAUUCACUGAAAGCUACGGUGUUAUCUUCCAAUGCAAUGUCAAAUACUGUCUUGGACCUUGUCCUCCAGCUAGUUGUACUUAUGGCCGCGAAAAUUUUGACUCAUGGGGCAGAAAGAAGAGAGAGGCUGCUUUCCUGGAUGACGACUCGGUUGAUUCCCAAAUGAGACUUUCUCGGGAGAUCAUUGUCCUUGACUACGGAGAUGAGAAGACCAGCCCCUAUGAGCAGGAUCAAGAGAGAUCAUUCGGCCAAGGAAAUGGAACGGACUACCAUGCCACACCUCUAGAUUGGGAGAGCCACGUGAACGAAGCGAUCUUUUCGAAGCCCUUGGAUCUCGAUUCUUUGGAUUUGUCAUCUUGUCCGACAAGAAGCUCAGUUUUGGGCUUAGCCGUGACCUGUGCACUUCUUGUGGUGAUUUAUAUUUGUACAAUUUUCUGCUAUUGUAUUCGAAGAGCCGUUUCUGAAAGCUCCAGCAAGAUGGGUCGGGAUUAUUUGAGAUAAUUCUCCGCAAACAAACACAAAGAGUUUCGAUAUCCCUCGAAUCAAUCACGAAGCAUUAUUUUUCUGGCCAUUCUUUGGGCGGUGUUCAAAAUUUAGGGCGAUUGUUUUUCAAAUUUUUCCACUAGAUCUUGCAAUAAUGACCACAACCUGUAUUGACGAAGGUUUCUUGUGAUACAACGACCACUUCAUAUUUUUUAUACCGUAACUUUCAUUUUCCCUUCCCUAGCAAUUUUAUUGUCAAAAAAUCCUUUUCUUCCGGUCUACCGAAGACGAACCAAAUUGAUAUUAUUGCUUAAUGGACUCCAUUGUGUGUGAUUAAAGCAAAUUUAAUGUAAAAAAGCCAAUUCAUUUAACCUUCUUCUUAGAAUACCACAUUUUCUUGAAUAGAUUUUCAACAAUUGAUACUACAUUGAUACUUCACUGAAUUGUAUGUUGUACAGCCAUGAUGAUGUUCAAAUGGCAGCUAUGAACGCUGAAUGAAG